AUGAAGACAGCAUCUCUUAUACUCCUCGGUCUAGUCGCCGUAUCUAUGACUUUUUCUACGACUGAUGGAUACACCAUCCUCCCAAAGCCAUGCGCCAGUAAUAAUAUAGGAGCAGCCACCAGUACUUUUCGAUCGGCAGCAUCCGCGAGUACUUCCAUGCAAAUGUCCACCGAACAACAGUUUCCAGAUCCCACCACCUUUCGAGAGGCUGAAAUUUUGGGUCUAAGACUCAUGCAAGAAGGAAACUUUGAAGAAGCACUUGUUGCCUUCCAAAUGGGAAUGAAGUUGCCUGGUAGCCGGGCCGAUGUCCGACGAACCAAGGCACUUUCGGGUCCUAGCCCAGUCGGUGGAGCCUUUGGAGGAACCGAAAGUCAAAAGGUUCUUACCUUGGAUGACUUUGAAUUGCAAGCAGCGCACUACAAUAUGGCAUGCGCUCAUGCCAGACUGGGAAAUGUUGAUGAUGCCAUUGCCAACCUUGCCAAGUCAUUCGAAAAUGGGUUCGAUAACUAUGUAACGGUUCGUGGAGAUCCUGAUCUUGACCCAAUAAAGUCAAGCCCUAACUUUGAAGAACUCAUGGAAAAUUAUGAUUCCACGAGUGGGUUCAACCCCUUUGGUUUCUUUGGAAAGAAGUAA